AUGUAUAUAUGUUUUGCAUACACAUACAUAUUAAUAUUACUAUUAAUUGGAUAUUCUGGAUGUUCUGAUAAACCUACUGACACACAGGGUUCUAACUCUAAUGAAGAUAAUCUUCCCAAAAUUGGAGGAUUAUCAUUAGUAGAUUAUAAUGAUUCUGAUGAAGAAGAUAAUUUUCAGGUAACAGAAACUAGUGAAACUACUCAGAUUGAAACUCAUGAAACUCAAGAAGAAACUACUACUGAAGAAAUAAUUGAAACUCAUGAGGAACCUGAACAUGAAACUACUGAAGAACCUCAAGUUCAUCAGCCUACUCCUAUCCAACCUACUCAACAACCUCCAGUAUAUUAUAUAGUAGGACAACAACCAGAUCCAGGAUAUUAUCCAGUGUAUCAACUGCCUAUACAACCAACACCUUAUGAACAGUAUCAGCCUAGUCAACAUGGUUAUCAACCAAUAUACUUACAAUAUCAACCUGAGUUUCAGCAAAUACCUUAUCAACAAUAUCCUGAAAUUCAAUAUCAGGAAUACCAGGGAUAUCAAUUUAUUCCUCAGCCACAACCUAUUCCACAACAUCAACCAAUUUAUCAACCAUAUAUACCUAUAACACAACCAUAUGAACCAGCAUAUCCAGUAGCACCUCAAUUAAUUACUAGACCUAUAGACAUACCAAGACGAAAAAGCAAUAGAACUAAGUCUAAAGACUCAAAACAAACAAAAAAACAAACAACUCAAGCAUACUAUCCUGUACCACAACCAGAACCUAAUCAAACUGAAUCAUCAAAAGUAUCAACACCUAAACAACCUACUGAACCAGCUACUGAAAAAUCUGAACAACAAACAACUAAAGAACAACAAACUCAAUCUGAACCUUCUAAAGAAAGAACCGAAGAAGCAACACAGCCUACUCAUACUGAACCCAUACAUACUACUGAAGAAUUAGAACCAGAAACUAUUCCAGUAGAAAUUGGAUCAGAUGAAGAAGGAGAUGGAGAUGAAGGAGAACCAGAGGAAGAAGAACCUCCUAAGGAACCAGGAGAAUCUACUGAAAUAAUGAAGAAAUGUAAAACAAUAACAUUUAUGAAACUGAAUGAGGAAGGUAAAUUAGUAAAGAUGCAUUUAAGAGACUUCGUAAUAAAAUAUAUCAAUUCAUCAAUUACAAGGUAUAGACUUAAAGCAAAUCUUGAACAAUUACUUUGUGAUGAUAUAAUUAUUUUCGAACAUAAACCUGAAAAUAAAUAUUGUACAUCAAUAACACAUUAUAAAUCAAGGGAUGUGUUCAUUCUUAUAUCUCCUAAUGGAUACUAUUUAGUUGAAAAUCGUAAAUCUAGUUGGAAAGUAAAAUAUGAAAAUUUUGCAAAAUGUCUCAGUGUAUAUACUAUAGAUUCUGAGGGAAAUGAAAUUAAGCUUACUGAAGAAUAUUAUAAUGCUAAAAUUAGUGAUCGCCCAUCAAUUACAGUUGAUUUUUAUAAACAUACAAAAUGUACCAAAAUUAUGUAUAAAGGAAAAUUAGUAUGGGAAAAAACUGAUGAUGAAGGAUAUCCAUUAGCAUUGAGUAUUAGAAGUAAUUUAAGCAUUCAAAUUUGUUUUAAUGGCUACAGAGUACGGUAUAUAAAAAGGGAUGGGAAAUAUAGAAAAUUCAUUCGUUAA